AUGCCUAUCCACCUCCUACACUAUCCUCCAUGCCUAUCCACCUCCUACACUAUCCUCCAUGCCUAUCCACCUCCUACACUAUCCUCCAUGCCUAUCCACCUCCUACACUAUCCUCCAUGCCUAUCCACCUCCUACACUAUCCUCCAUGCCUAUCCACCUCCUACACUAUCCUCCAUGCCUAUCCACCUCCUACACUAUCCUCCAUGCCUAUCCACCUCCUACACUAUCCUCCAUGCCUAUCCACCUCCUACACUAUCCUCCAUGCCUAUCCACCUCCUACACUAUCCUCCAUGCCUAUCCACCUCCUACACUAUCCUCCAUGCCUAUCCACCUCCUACACUAUCCUCCAUGCCUAUCCACCUCCUACACUAUCCUCCAUGCCUAUCCACCUCCUACACUAUCCUCCAUGCCUAUCCACCUCCUACACUAUCCUCCAUGCCUAUCCACCUCCUACACUAUCCUCCAUGCCUAUCCACCUCCUACACUAUCCUCCAUGCCUAUCCACCUCCUACACUAUCCUCCAGGCCUAUCCACCUCCUACACUAUCCUCCAUGCCUAUCCACCUCCUACACUAUCCUCCAGGCCUAUCCACCUCCUACACUAUCCUCCAUGCCUAUCCACCUCCUACACUAUCCUCCAGGCCUAUCCACCUCCUACACUAUCCUCCAGGCCUAUCCACCUCCUACACUAUCCUCCAGGCCUAUCCACCUCCUACACUAUCCUCCAGGCCUAUCCACCUCCUACACUAUCCUCCAGGCCUAUCCACCUCCUACACUAUCCUCCAGGCCUAUCCACCUCCUACAGUAUCCUCCAGGCCUAUCCACCUCCUACAGUAUCCUCCAGGCCUAUCCACCUCCUACAGUAUCCUCCAGGCCUAUCCACCUCCUACAGUAUCCUCCAGGCCUAUCUACCUCCUACACCAUCCUCCAGGCCUAUCCACCUCCUACACUCUCCUCCAGGCCUAUCCACCCCCAUCACAUCCUCUAG